AUGGUGGUGAGAGGCUUCGUCCUGCUGGCGCUCUUUGCAGAAGCCUUGGCGAAACCAUGCACUCCAAAUAAAGCAGAUGUCAUCCUUGUGUUUUGUUACCCCAAGACCAUCAUCACUAAAAUCCCUGAGUGCCCCUAUGGAUGGGAAGUCCAUCAGCUGGCGCUCGGGGGGCUAUGCUACAACGGGGUCCAUGAAGGUGGCUACUACCAAUUUGUCAUCCCAGAUCUGUCACCUAAGAACAAGUCCUACUGUGGAACCCAGUCAGAGUACAAGCCCCCCAUCUACCACUUCUACAGUCACAUCGUGUCUAAUGACAGCACAGUGAUUGUGAAGAACCAGCCUGUCAACUACUCCUUCUCCUGCACCUACCACUCCACCUACUUGGUGAACCAGGCUGCGUUUGACCAGAGAGUGGCCACUGUUCAUGUCAAGAAUGGGAGUAUGGGCACAUUUGAAAGCCAGCUGUCCCUCAACUUCUACACUAAUGCCAAGUUUUCCACCAAGAAAGAAGCUCCCUUCAUUCUGGAGACAUCCGAAAUCGGUUCAGAUCUGUUCGCAGGAGUAGAAGCCAAAGGGCUGAGUGUUCGGUUUAAGGUAGUCUUGAAUAGCUGUUGGGCCACCCCCUCUGCUGACUUCAUGUACCCCUUGCAAUGGCAGCUGAUUAAUAAAGGCUGCCCCACGGAUGAAACAGUGUUCGUGCAUGAGAACGGCAAGGACCACAGGGCAACUUUCCAGUUCAAUGCCUUCCGCUUCCAGAACAUCCCCAAACUCUCCAAGGUUUGGCUACACUGCGAGACGUUCAUCUGUGACAGCGAGAAGCUCUCCUGCCCAGUGAACUGCGACAAACGGAAGCGCAUGCUACGUGACCAGACAGGGGGAGUCCUGGUUGUGGAGCUGUCCCUGCGGAGCAGGGGAUUUUCCAGCCUCUGCAACUUCUCAGGUGUUCUUUAUCACCUCAUCCUGAUGCUGGGGAUCUGUGCUGUGCUGUAGGAGAUAGCUGGGCAGCUGUAGCAGCUUUCUCCAAGGCCACCCUGAGCUUUGACACUCUCGUUUAUUGUGCUGCCAAAAAGAACAAACAGAAGACUACAUUGCUCGGGAGCUGGGACUAGCCCUUUGCCAAAUAUGUGUUCCCCAUGAUUUUUUGUUUGUUUGUGAAUUUGGUGAUCC